AUGCAAGGAAAUACACGAUGGCAAUUCAAUCCAUUUGAUCGUGUUCAACCAUUAAAAAGACAUGAUGUUUCGACACAAUGGAGUGUACCACGUAGUAAAAGUUUAACUGAUUUACAAGAGUCACCGUCACAACCACCGCUACGUCAACCGAUUCCUUCUUUUGGUCGACCACCUCCUGAUCGCAUUUGCAAAAAUGUUCCCUAUCCUAUUGUACAUAAACUUCGUAUCGAUGAAUUAUUCGAUUUCCGACAUGGAGAACGAGUAAAUAUUGAUUUGCUUAUUCAUCACUUAAAGAAUGAAGGUCGUCUUGAUGAACCAACUUGGCGUCAUCUUCUUUUACAAGCAAAAGCAAUACUUGUUCAAGAACCUAAUGUAGUUUGUAUUCCACGUGGCUGUACUAUUGUUGGAGAUAUUCAUGGUCAAUUUUAUGAUCUAUUAUCAAUAUUUGAGUUAGGUGGUCCAUUUGGUCAACAAACAUAUGUCUUUCUUGGAGAUUAUGUUGAUCGUGGUUCAUUUUCAUGUGAAUGUCUUUUUCUUCUUUUAGCUCUUAAAAUCAAUUAUCCACGAUCGUUUAUUCUUAUACGUGGUAAUCAUGAAUCACGUCAAAUGACACAAGUAUUUACAUAUCAAAAAGAAUGCAAAGUAAAAUAUUCGCUUGAACUUUGGCAUGAAUCAAUGUUAUUAUUUGAUUGUUUACCGAUCUGUGUUUUAAUUGAUGAUCGAUUUUUAUGUAUGCAUGGUGGUAUUUCACCUCAUAUUAAAAAUAUUACUGAUAUAGCAAAAUUAAAUCGUUUUCAAGAGAUUCCAUCAGAAGGUUCUCUAUGUGAUAUAAUGUGGUCUGAUCCUAGUCGACCAUUUACUGGUCAACAAACUCAUGCAUGGACAUUUAAUAAUACACGAAAUUGUUCAUUCUUUUUUAAUUAUAAUACAUGUGAACGUUUUCUUAUUGACAAUAGUCUCUUAUCUAUUAUUCGUGCGCAUGAAGUUGUACCUAAUGGUGUACUUUUUUUGGAAAAUGGAUCAAUAUCACAAUUUCCUGUUCUCAUUAGUGUAUUUUCAGCUCCAAACUAUUGUGAUGUAUAUAAUAAUACAGCAGCUUUAAUUAUUUAUGAUCAUGAGCGAAAUUUUCGCCCAGUUUAUUUCCGUCAUCGCCCACACCCAUUUAUUUUACCAAAUCAUGAAAAUGCAUUUGAAUUUGGUCAUCGAUUAAUGAAAAAUUAUGUACAAGAAAUUAUUUUAGCUCUAAUUCAAGGCUAUACAAAAUCGGCUGGUCGUUCUAAUGAUGAAGUAUCACAAAAAUUGAAAUCGAAAGAAAGAAUGUUGCAGGAACAUACACAUACAUGUCGGCGAAUGAAUAAAAUGAAUAUUCAACUAGCCAAUUUAUCACCACCGGAACAAUUACAAGAGAAAGCAUUGAACAAUAAAGAUGUUUUCGAUGAAGCUACUACUUUACUUAAGAAAUCAUUAGUAGAAAAUGAUCCAGUAUUAGCAUUUGAUUCAGCAUCAAAAAUAGAUGCUUUAUAUGAAGAACGAAUACAUUAA